AUGGAGAGGGAUGAGAUCGAGGGAAUCGGCAAGCUCAACUCCCCUGAGAAGAAGAAGGAGAAGGAGAAGAGGAGGCGCAAGCACAAGCCCGACGAGGCGAAGGAGGAGAUGGUGGUGGACGCCAUACCCAAGGAGGAGGAGAAUCUCAAGUCCCCCGAAAAGGGAUCACCGAAGAAGAAGGAGAAGAGGAGGCACAAGCACAAGCACAAGCCCAAGCCCGACGGGACACAAGCCGUACUCAAGGAGGAGGAGGAGAGCAACAGCAAGUCCAAGGCCCCGGCGGAGGGCGAGAAGAAGAGGAAGAAGAAGAAGCUGGUGACGGUGAAGCUGAGCGACGAGCUGAUGGGAUACCUGCGGACCAAGGAGGUGAUGGCCUACCUCGCGCGCGAGACGCCUCGCCCGCUCCCGAUCGAUCCGGGCGUCGCGCAGCACAUGUUCGUCGACCAAGAACUCAGGCAGGAAAUCGCCGCCCAGGUUCACGAGAACAGGGAAUUCGACGCCUUCGUCCUCUACCAGUACCGCACCAAGGGCUACGCCGAGAUCCAGCAGGAGGUCACCGACGACGACGACGACGACGACGAGGUGUAG